AUGUCGUCCAGAAUCCCGUGUUUCGUCAAGGAACAUAAUUGGCCGAAUUCGUUUGCCUUUGCGACGACGACAGACUUGGAUGGGACGGUUAAUUUGAAGAAGCAGCCUCCGUUAACCGCAAACCCUCGAUGCGUCCUCGUUCGAUCUUGCGAAGACCCGAAUCGGAAGCUUUUCGUGCAGCUCAGCGGCCCAGAGCGAUUUCAGUAUGUGCUGCUCAACGCCAGAUCGAUGGAAUUUGCCGGGUUUUCGGAUAAUGAGGAGGCCCUUGUCGAAAGCGUCGAGCCGACCACCUGCGAUGCCGUGGAAAUCGCACCGCUUUCGUCCGAAGAUUUUCAAGUUAUCGAAGCCAACACCUACGAGAUUGAGGGCACAUUUCUGAACCAAUGCCGGCUGGUCUCGCAGGGAAUGGUGAUACCCUUUUUCGCUAGUGGCGGUCGUCCGGUGCUUUUUAAAAUUGUCAAAAUCCAUCCGGAAACGUCGAAGCCGGUGCUCCUUUCUGCCCAUACGGAGCUCCACGUAGCUCCAGUUGCCAACGGCUUCAUCAAGCAGUCCAACAGGGAGGAGAAACGGAACAGCGAGGCGCAAUUUAGCAAGUUUAAUGACGUCUAUACCAUGAACCCAGACAAAACACAGCCCUACGGUAGCAUUGUCUACGUUGCAAUCAGUACACUACGUCCGGCUUGCCCGGAAGUGUUUGCUAGGCUUCAUUUGGUCUCCCAUUCCGCUCAGCAGGACGAAAAGCUUGGCAAAUUGCAGGAGUUGUUAAAGGGCCACCCCGGUCAUUGCCUGGUCUCGUCCGGUUCCCCUCUUUCCGAGUAUGAACGGUUAGUUGUGAAGAGAUUGGAGAGAACCCGAGUGAAGAGCCUACGUGAAGUUGAAGUCUGUUUGGACGAAGAGGUAUCGGAUCGUCUAGUCGAGCUCGGCGAUCCGCUAUGCAUUAGCCUGGAUCGUGAAGUCAGGAAAUUGGCUUCAGAUUCGGCUCUGUUACUUGGAAAUCAGGGUACAACGGUUCGAGUAGUGGUUGAAGGUACUACCCUGCCGAUCCUGCUCUGCCCCACCUUCAAAGAGUUAUCGGAAAAUCCGCAUAACGGCAAGAAUAUUUGCUUCCGCGUCACGGAAAAUACAAGGCCAAUUUUUCAGAAAUCCUCCACCGAACAUUCUACCCCUUCAGAAGAACGAGUGGUCAAUUUUGGAUUCGACGUCGCGCACAAGUUGAAGGAGUUCAGUUUUUCAAAACAAGCUCAUCGACUCCAUCGAAUUGUGGCUGAACUUUGGAUGGGGUGGCCAAGCGGGAAGCAAGCCGAGAAGCUGAAAAAGCAGUUGUUGCACGAGAUGGAGCUGUGUACGGUCAGGAGCCCAGCUGUAAUAUUUCUGGAUGGAAUCGAUUUGAUUGCUCAGUCAAAUCGAGAUGAGGAGCACAGAAUGCUACAGAUCGAGAGGAUCUUUAUGAUGCUCCGUGACCUCCUAAAAUCCAACGCACACUUCCAAUUCGUCUUCACGGCCAAAUCCCUGCACUCGAUACACCCAAUUCUGGUGGGCGGCGGAGGGAAUCGGUUUUUCGGGCUGACGCUGGAGUUCGAGGACUUGGCCUUGGUGAGU